AUGACUCAACGGGAUGAACAGAGUGAAUCUUGGAUGCACGUUCGCGAGUUGUCAGCGAAAGGAAACGAACUUGAUCGAAUUACCACUGACGCUGGUACGCCGUUCUCAUUCGAAAAGUUUCUCGAAGCGUUUGAGCGAAUCCGCUACGACGAGCCGCCUGCGCAAGAGCCUUGGCCGCUGCCGUACCUGCUGGACUUUAUUGCGGCUUUGUCCGCAGUUGCGGGCAUGUUUCAGCACCUCGGUGCUGCAUUCUCUUUCGCGCACCAGGAUGUUGUUGAAAAGCGUGACACGCUGUACCGCAUAUACCGGAGCGACCCAGAGAAUUACGCCACUAUUCGUAAGGUUAUCGAGCGAGAAACCCGAGAAGGGUGUCUGGAAACCGGCAGUGGUAAGCAAGGUGCAGCCCGUAAUAUUCUGCGAAUGAUGUGGUGCCUCAAGUUCAUUCAGGUACUCAUGCGGGAGCUCGCGCGCUGCCCGGCAGCGUCCUACUCGAAACGCGCGGCGACACGCGAGUGCGUCUGGACCGCGUACCAGGAGGCGCUGCGUGAACACCACGGGAGCGUCGUUAUUGCGGCGGUUCGUGCAGCGGUUUUCUUCCUGCCUCCCAUCGAACAGUUUCUUACAUCCAUUGGAGUGGAAGCGUCCCGCAAAGACGAGUAUAUGCGCCGCGUGAAGCUCAGCCUCGACCCCCUCGUUGAGCGACUCUAUGCCUACUAUGAACACCGGAACAUGCUUGCUUUGCCUUGA